AUGGCACCGUUGUCGCCGGCAUCGCAGGUUAGCAAGAAACCACACACUCCCGUCCAACGCGCUGAUCGGGCUUUUGAAUCUGACCCUUCUUUCUUUUUUGCGUGCGCCGACCCUGGACAGGCGGCGCUCCCCGGCGGCAAGGCGGACUCGCUCGACGAAACGCCCUUCGAAACGGCACGGCGAGAAGCCCAUGAAGAAAUCGGCCUGCCGAACAUUAACCAAAGCUUCCCGCCUCCGUUUCGCGUCGAGCAUCUCUGCGAGCUACCGGCUAACCUGGCAAGAACGGAGCUAGUCGUCCGGCCGUGUGUCGCGCUGUUACAUUCCUACGACGAAGCUACAGGUGAAGAUGCCGACCCUGAAGAGGCGUUUAUGCCACAGUUGGAUGCAAAGGAGGUGGCGGCAGUCUUCACUGGGCCAUUUCAUAACUUCCUGAAGCCGUGCGACGAGCCUCGGGGUGGAGAGGAUGAGCGGCUGCCUGGUUCCCCGACCGAUUGGUAUCAAGGAACCUGGACGAAUUGGAACACAACCUGGUGGAGGAUGCACCACUUCUUCGUCCCAAUUACGAACCAGAACGUCACCAAGCCCCGACGGAAAAGUCAGGAGCAAGACGCCGCAAUCGCCGAAUUGGACGAAGAAGAGAUCUCCAUUGGCCUCGAGCGAUACCGAGUCUUUGGUAUGACGGCCCGGAUCCUCGUUGAUGCAGCCAGGGUGGCCUAUGGGGAGGAUCCAGAAUUCGAGCACAACAGCCAUUUCGGCGACGAAGACAUGAUUGAACGACUGAAACAGUUAGGCAGGUUCAGCAGUGUUAGAGACCCAGAAGAUCUACUGACCCAAGAGAUGUUCGAAAAGGCCUCUAAGCUGUCCUAG